UGCCCACACGAAGUCGUUGAAAUCCCCAUCGAGUCCCUUCUAAUGAACAACAACCCACCACCCUCAAUUCCCAUCUCCCAAUUGCGCAUCCCCAAUCCCGUGAAUCCUAGAUGCUGUUACGACACAGUCAGUGUAUCGAUCGCAAGUGGUUCAGAACGAAGAUAGCCGCGGUCAAUUUUGCCUACGUGGGGAAAUUUUUAUAGUGGAGAUGCUCUUAGCUAUUAAAAUGAACACUUCAAACAAGAUUUGAUUUUGGUUUGAAAAAAUUAUUUUCGAGGAAGAAGAAGACAAUGUCGGCAACUGCAGCGAAACCGGGCGUUCCGAAGUCCGGCGCGAUCUCUAAAGGCUACAAUUUUGCUUCUAACUGGGAACAGAAUGCUCCAUUGACAGAGCAACAGCAAGCAGCUAUUGUUGCACUAUCUCAUGCUGUCGCUGAGCGACCUUUUCCUCCCAACUUGGCAAAGGAGGAAGUUGCGAAACAGGAAAAUGGUCUGACAAUCUCGACCAAGCACAACACUGCAGAAGAUUCAGGGUCCAUUGAGACAGUCUUGGUCAACACAAACCAGUUCUACAAAUGGUUUACUGAUCUUGAAGCAGCCAUGAAAUCAGAGACAGAAGAAAAGUAUCAGCAUUAUGUGAAUACCUUAACAGAGCGGAUACAGACCUGUGACAGUAUACUUAAUCAGGUUGAUGAAACACUCGAGUUAUUUAAUGAUCUACAACUGCAGCAUGAGGCAGUGGCAACAAAGACAAGAACUCUGCAUGAUGCAUGUGAUCGACUGGUUAUGGAGAAGCAAAGGCUUAUUGAGUUUGCUGAUUCACUUCGCAAUAAGCUCAACUACUUCGAUGAACUGGAAAAUGUUGCUACCAGUUUUUAUUCUCCAAACAUGAAUGUGACACACGAAAAUUUCCUCCCAUUGCUCAAAAGACUCGACGAGUGCAUAUCUUAUGUUGAGAGCAAUCCGCAGUAUGCAGAGUGCAAUGUUUACUCGGUUAAAUUCCGACAGCUUCAGUCUCGAGCACUAGCAAUGAUUCGUUCUCAUGUACUCUCUGUUCUCAAAAGCACUUCUUCUCAGGUCCAGGCAGCAAUAAGAAGCAGCGCCCGCGACAAAGUGGCUGUUUCUGAGGGCGUGGAAGCAUCAGUCAUUUAUGUCCGGUUCAAGGCAGCUGCAAAUGAGCUUAAGCCAGUGUUGGAGGAAAUUGAAAGCAGAAAACCAAGGAAAGAAUAUGUUCAGAUGCUCACAGAAUGCCACAAACUUUACUGCGAGCAGAGGCUUUCCUUGGUGAGAGGCAUAGUUCAUCAACGGAUCUCUGAAUUUGCCAAGAAAGAGGCAUUGCCUUCAAUGACUAGAUCUGGAUGUGCAUAUUUAAUUCAGGUGUGCCAACUUGAGCAUCAACUCUUUGAUCAUUUUUUCCCCUCAUCUUCAGAGGAUGUAUCAAGUUUGGCUCCCUUGACAGAUCCUCUGUGCACCUACUUGUAUGAUACAUUACGCCCAAAACUUAUUCAUGAAGCAAACUUGGAUGUUCUUUGUGAAAUUGUUGAUAUCCUUAAAGUCGAAGUUCUAGGAGAACAGCUAUCCAGACGAGGUGAGUCAUUAGCUGGGCUACGCCCAACAUUUGAGAGAAUCUUGGCAGACGUUCACGAGCGAUUGACUUUUCGUGCUCGAACCCACAUACGUGAUGAGAUUGCAAAUUAUCUUCCUCUGGAUGAAGAUCUAGACUAUCCCGCCAAGCUGGAGCAAUCAACUGAGGCAAAGUUGGAAGUAUCAUCUAGUGAUCAAAACUCCCCAGAUGUUUCCAGGACUUGGUACCCUCCACUUGAGAAAACAAUAACCUGUUUGUCAAAGCUCUAUCGUUGUCUGGAGCAAACAGUUUUUACUGGGUUGGCCCAGGAAGCAGUUGAAGUUUGCUCUUCUUCAAUCCAGAAAGCUAGCAAACUAAUUGCAAAAAGAUCAUCCACAAUGGAUGGACAACUUUUUCUCAUAAAGCAUCUUCUGAUCCUCAGAGAGCAGAUUGCGCCCUUUGACAUAGAAUUCUCAGUCACACACAAAGAGCUUGACUUCUCUCAUUUGCUGGAACAUUUGAGACGGAUUCUUAGGGGUCAGGCCUCACUAUUUGAUUGGUCAAGAUCAACUUCCUUGGCAAGAACACUCUCUCCACGAGUUUUGGAAAGUCAAACAGAUGCCAAGAAGGAAUUAGAGAGAAGCCUCAAAGCUACGUGUGAGGAGUUCAUUAUGUUGGUUACUAAGCUAGUUGUGGAUCCUAUGUUGUCGUUUGCCACCAAGGUGACAGCUGUCAAAGUUGCAUUGUCCUCGGGCAAUCAAAAUCAAAAGGUAGAGUCUGCUAUUGCGAAACCACUCAAAGAUCAAGCUUUUGCAACCCCAGAGAAGGUCGCUGAGCUCGUCCAGAAGGUCAGUUCUGCAAUUCAACAUGAGCUACCGAAUGUGAUGGGAAAAAUGAAGCUUUAUCUGCAAAACCCUUCAACACGUGCGAUACUCUUCAAACCAAUUAAGACCAACAUUGUUGAAGCACAUGUUCAAGUACAUUCCCUUCUUAAAUCUGAGUACUCACCAGAAGACAUUAAAAAUAUUCUCAAUAUGGUGUCAAUACCAGAACUGCAAGCUCAGCUUGAUAACCUCUUGUAAGGCAGUCCUGAAUCCAUACAUCCUAUUAUCUUCAUCUUUCAGAUACAUUUCAAUUGAUUUUCCAAAUGAACCUUCGAUUUUGUAGACUGAAGAGUAGGACUUCAUUUGUCUAAACAAAUCUUAAGUCUAUAUAUGACAUUAAAGGGAUUGUGAAUUCUAUAGGAUUGCAACGUCUCAGCAGGAAAAAUAUAAGUGAUUUUGCUGUUUCUGGAAAAAUCAAUAGAGAAUGAAAAUUGCACUUUUACUUCUUGAA